GGAAGUGCGUCAUGCACAGGCGCCGAGGCGCUCGUUUGGCGCGCGCGCCCUGAGCCACGGUUCCGAGCUAGGGUCUUGGGUUUUGUCUCAUUUCUCCUUGGUUUUUGACUAUUUUCGGACGUUGGUGUCUCGAGUUUUCAAGAUGCCGUCUUCUUUGCUGGGUUCUGCGAUUCCGGCAUCCGCGACAACCGCAGCCCUGCAGGAAGCUUUGGAAAAUGCGGGGCGGCUCAUUGACCGUCAGUUGCAAGAAGACCGCAUGUACCCGGACCUUUCCGAACUGCUCAUGGUGUCUGCUCCAAAUAAUCCCACUGUUUCUGGCAUGUCAGAUAUGGAUUAUCCUCUACAAGGACCUGGUUUGCUGUCAGUACCCAACCUUCCAGAGAUCAGUUCCAUCCGAAGAGUUCCUCUCCCACCUGAACUUGUUGAACAAUUUGGACAUAUGCAGUGUAACUGCAUGAUGGGUGUGUUUCCUCCUAUCAACAGAGCUUGGCUCACAAUUGACAGUGACAUAUUUAUGUGGAACUAUGAAGAUGGAGGAGACCUUGCCUAUUUUGAUGGACUUAAUGAGACUAUUCUUGCCGUGGGGCUUGUGAAACCAAAAGCUGGCAUCUUUCAGCCUCAUGUACGACACCUCUUGGUUUUGGCAACCCCUGUGGAUAUAGUGAUUCUUGGACUCAGCUAUGCUAAUUUGCAAACAGGUUCCGGAGUUCUUAACGACAGCAUGUGUGGUGGAAUGCAGUUGCUUCCAGAUCCUUUAUAUUCUCUUCCUACUGACAACACUUAUCUUUUAACAAUAACUUCCACCGAUAAUGGCAGAAUAUUCUUGGCUGGAAAGGAUGGCUGUUUAUAUGAAGUAGCAUACCAAGCCGAAGCAGGUUGGUUUAGCCAAAGAUGUAGGAAAAUAAACCACUCAAAGAGCUCACUUUCUUUUCUUGUUCCUUCAUUGCUACAAUUCACAUUCUCAGAAGAUGAUCCUAUUGUUCAAAUUGCAAUUGAUAAUUCUAGAAACAUUUUAUAUACACGAUCUGAGAAAGGAGUAAUACAGGUUUAUGAUUUGGGCCACGAUGGACAAGGAAUGAGCAGAGUUGCCUCAGUGUCACAGAAUUCUAUUGUCUCUGCUGCCGGAAACAUUGCUAGGACUAUAGAUCGUUCUGUUUUUAAACCAAUUGUUCAGAUAGCAGUGAUUGAAAAUUCUGAAUCACUGGACUGUCAGUUAUUGGCCGUCACACAUGUGGGUAUACGGUUAUAUUUCAGUACUUGUCCAUUCAGACAGCCAUUAGCAAGACCUAAUACACUGACACUGGUUCACGUUCGCUUACCUCCUGGAUUCUCUGCAUCUUCAACAGUGGAAAAGCCCUCAAAAGUACAUAAAGCUCUGUACAGUAAAGGUAUUCUACUGAUGGCAGCCUCAGAAAAUGAAGAUAAUGACAUUUUGUGGUGUGUCAACCAUGAUACAUUUCCUUUCCAAAAGCCAAUGAUGGAAACUCAGAUGACGACCCGUGUUGAUGGUCAUUCCUGGGCUCUUUCUGCAAUAGAUGAAUUGAAAGUAGACAAAAUAAUUACACCCUUAAAUAAGGAUCAUAUUCCAAUAACUGACUCACCAGUUGUUGUACAGCAACACAUGUUGCCUCCAAAGAAAUUUGUUCUCCUCUCAGCACAGGGGAGUCUUAUGUUUCAUAAACUUAGACCUGUAGAUCAACUGAGGCAUCUGCUUGUGAGUAAUGUGGGUGGAGAUGGAGAAGAGAUUGAAAGAUUCUUUAAAUUACAUCAGGAAGACCAGGCUUGUGCAACUUGCCUUAUCCUUGCUUGUUCCACUGCUGCCUGUGAUAGAGAGGUAUCUGCUUGGGCUACUCGGGCUUUCUUCAGGUACGGUGGUGAAGCUCAGAUGAGAUUUCCAGCUGCUCUCCCUGCCCCAAGUAAUGUUGGUCCCAUUUUGGGGUCUCCUGUCUAUGCUAGUUCUCCUCUUCCUAGUGGUAGUCCAUACCCAAAUCCAUCCUUUUUGGGAACACCAUCUCAAGGUGUACAUCCUCCUGUCAUGUCAACUCCAGUGUGUGCUUUGGGAAAUCCAAUUCAGGCCACAAGUAUGAGUUGUAUGGCUGGACCAGAGAUUGUGUACUCUGGAAAACACAAUGGUAUAUGCAUUUACUUUUCUCGAAUCAUGGGAAAUAUCUGGGAUGCUAGUUUAGUUGUGGAAAGAGUAUUCAAGAGUGGCAACAGAGAGAUCACUGCAAUCGAAAGUAGUGUUCCCUCCCAACUCCUGGAGUCAGUGCUACAAGAGCUGAAAGGCUUGCAAGAAUUUCUAGAUAGAAACUCCCAAUUUGCAGGAGGGCCAUUAGGAAAUCCAAAUACUACUGCCAAAGUGCAGCAGAGGCUGAUAGGAUUCAUGCGUCCCGAAAAUGGAAAUACCCAGCAAAUGCAACAGGAGCUGCAGAGGAAGUUUCAUGAGGCUCAACUGAGUGAAAAGAUUUCACUUCAGGCAAUCCAGCAAUUGGUUCGAAAAUCAUACCAGGCUCUGGCUUUAUGGAAACUCCUUUGUGAACAUCAAUUCACUGUCAUUGUAGGAGAACUUCAGAAGGAAUUUCAAGAGCAGUUGAAAAUCACCACCUUUAAAGAUCUGGUAAUCCGGGACAAAGAACUGACUGGGGCAUUAAUUGCUUCUCUUAUCAACUGCUACAUCAGAGAUAAUGCUGCUGUUGAUGGCAUUAGUUUACACUUACAGGAUAUCUGUCCGCUUCUGUAUAGUACUGAUGAUGCAGUUUGUUCUAAGGCAAAUGAGCUUCUCCAGCGUUCUCGGCAAGUUCAAAAUAAGAUUGAAAAGGAAAGAAUGUUAAGGGAAUCCUUAAAGGAGUAUCAAAAAAUCAGCAAUCAAGUUGAUCUUUCAAAUGUUUGUGCUCAGUACAGACAGGUGCGUUUUUAUGAGGGUGUGGUGGAGCUCUCUCUUACUGCUGCAGAGAAAAAAGAUCCUCAGGGUCUUGGACUUCAUUUCUAUAAACAUGGAGAACCAGAAGAAGACAUGGUGGGACUUCAGGCUUUCCAAGAAAGAUUAAACAGUUACAAGUGUAUUACAGAUACACUUCAAGAACUGGUGAAUCAGAGUAAGGCUGCUCCCCAGUCUCCCAGUGUACCCAAAAAACCUGGGCCUCCCGUGUUGUCUUCUGAUCCCAAUAUGCUGAGUAAUGAAGAGGCAGGACAUCACUUUGAACAAAUGCUUAAAUUGUCUCAACGAUCCAAAGAUGAACUCUUUAGUAUUGCCCUUUAUAAUUGGCUAAUACAAGCUGACCUUGCAGACAAACUGCUACAGAUUGCUUCUCCAUUUCUGGAACCACAUCUAGUCCGAAUGGCCAAAGUUGAUCAAAACAAAGUGCGCUAUAUGGAUUUACUCUGGAGGUACUAUGAGAAGAACAGAAGUUUCAGUAAUGCUGCUCGUGUCCUGUCCAAACUGGCUGACAUGCAUAGCACAGAAAUUUCACUUCAGCAGCGACUAGAGUACAUUGCUCGAGCUAUUCUUAGUGCCAAAAGUUCCACUGCCAUUUCUUCAAUAGCUGCAGAUGGUGAAUUCCUUCAUGAAUUAGAAGAAAAAAUGGAGGUUGCUAGGAUCCAACUUCAGAUCCAAGAGACACUGCAAAGGCAAUAUUCCCAUCAUUCUUCUGUACAGGAUGCAAUUUCUCAGUUGGAUUCUGAGCUAAUGGACAUAACUAAGCUUUAUGGGGAAUUUGCUGACCCAUUUAAACUCGCAGAGUGUAAACUUGCAAUAAUUCAUUGUGCUGGCUAUUCAGACCCUAUAUUGGUGCAGACACUUUGGCAAGAUAUCAUAGAAAAAGAAUUGAAUGAAAGUGUGACAUUGAGCUCUUCAGAUAGAAUGCAUGCUCUUAGUUUGAAGAUUGUGCUCCUUGGCAAAAUUUAUGCUGGCACACCUCGCUUCUUUCCUUUAGAUUUUAUUGUUCAGUUCUUAGAACAGCAAGUUUGUACUUUAAACUGGGAUGUGGGUUUUGUAAUACAGACAAUGAAUGAAAUUGGAGUGCCAUUACCUAGACUGCUGGAAGUAUAUGAUCACUUGUUCAAGUCACGGGAUCCAUUCUGGAACAGAAUGAAGAAACCACUGCACCUUUUGGAUUGUAUACAUGUACUAUUGACAAAAUAUGUUGAGAAUCCUAGCCAGGUCUUAAAUUGUGAGAGGAGAAGAUUUACAAAUCUCUGCCUGGAUGCUAUUUGUGGUUAUCUGGUUGAGCUCCAGUCUAUGAGCUCUUCAAUAGCAGUACAAGCCAUCACAGGGAAUUUUAAAUCUCUUCAGGCUAAAUUAGAACGGCUUCACUAAUUAUUGUAAUGUAUUUUUAUCCACUCAUUUUUAUCUGUAAAAUAAAAUCUCAGGUGGGUCCAGAUAUCAGGUGCUCUAAAUCUAAGAAAUUAAGAACAAUUUUAAUAGAAAUGUGUUUUUAAUAACUGGCUAGUAUCUACAAACAGUACAUUUGCCAGAUGAAUUCUUUUUUACUACUACUGUUUUAAUCAGGUUAAAAAACAACUGAGGUAAAAUUAUUUUUGAUCUUAACACAAGGCUAAAAAUAUUCGGAAACUCUAAUUUUGAAUUUUAUUGCAGGUAGAACAGAAAUUUUGAAUUUAUAAUAUUCAUUUUUAAGUUAGUCCAAGGAUAUUGAUAUCAAAACUUAAAUAGGCUAAUUGAGCAGGUCAUUCCCAUAGUACUGGAUUUUACAACAAUCCUUAAAUAUGGAAGAGACAAACACUGUCUCUUUUAAAAAGUUAUUUAGGUAUAAGGUUUAUCCUUGGAAAGAAAUUUCCUCUAGCUACCAAUUUUGUCAAUUAUAAUUCUUAAUGAUUAACAUAUGUCUGGUUGUUUUUGAGCAGAUGAUAAGCUUGUAAGUAAUAUUCUAUGUCCUGAACACCUAAAAAGGGAGAUACUGUUUUUCCUUAGUGUCCACCCAGGUCUUCUUUGGCCUCCUGACUACUGAUUUCAUUACGCAAUUGUUCUCCAA